CUUUGAUUUUUUUUGGCAUGCUUAUGAAUUUGCUUUUCUUUUUUAAAAUCCCCCUUAUUAUAGAUAUGUAUAUAGAUUUGGUUGAAGUCACAGAUGCCAUAUUCUUCAUCUUUAUAAUGCAAGUUUUCUUUCCAGGUAGAAGGACAAGAAAAUAAUGAGCCAAUGCCAUAGAAACGCAAAGGGUUAAAGGUUUUUCUUUUACUUUUGUUUUGGGUACGCUUUCUAUACUUGGAACAAAUGUGUUUUUCUGCUCAAAAUACUUUCAAACUAUUGAAAGUUUUCAUUCCAAAUCCUAGACUUUUGGGCUUGUUACUUUUGAGAAACUGUUUCUCACAUUAGAGCUCCCCUCAUAUUGCUCUAAAUAUAGUUUAGUAAAUGCACCUACUUUGCUCUAAGCAUACUUAAAGUUAAAACAAAAGUAUGUAUACAAAGACUUUGAUAUUUUUAAUAGUGGAGUCUGUUUUGCUAAUUUUAGUGUGCAGGUCAGCACAAGGGGCAUAGUGAGCCUGAUGGAAGCUUUCCUCAGGUGAGUUUCAAAAACAAAAUUAGGUGCCUGUUUCUUAGAAUUAGAUUCUGCUGCAGGUUUACAAAUUAGACUUUCAGCCUGCAUGAAUUAGUAGGGAUAUUCUUUUUUUACUUGCAUAAUUGUAAUUGAUUUAAACAUGUAUGUCAGAAUUCACAGGCCCAUACUAACUGUCCUUAAUUUCUUUCCUACAGCAGUACUGCUAUAUGCCAGUCCUGUCUGCAUUCUUAAGGGUGCAGUUCAACACAUCCUCUCUAGAUUAUGGUGAAAAAGUAUUCCAAAGGAAGUCUUAUCAGAGCUAGUGUCAGAAAGAAUGACACUAUCAAUUGGGCAUGAUCUUCAGCAUAGGAAAUGUCUUGGAAUUUUAUUAUUUUUUCCUAAAUUGUGAUGCUAUACUACUGGUAUAGCUAAUUAUCACAUUUCUAAAACAUAGUGUGCCUCUGUGAAUCUUGUUAUAUACUGUUUGGGCUUCUUUAAGAUAUUUUGAAGUUUGAAAGCAAAUGCUGAAACUUGAACCAAGAGACUAACACAUCUCUUUGUACACCACUUUUCUUCUGUGUGCAACAUAAUAACUGGUAGAAGUAAUAUAUUUCAAGUAAUAUGUUUCCGAUUGUAAUUUAUACUUUCUAAGAAAAUAAAAAUGUUUUUGGGUCAACGAAACUUAAAAAGAAUGAAGCCCUUUUUAGUAACAUGACAUCAGAGUAAGAUGAUAGGUGUAUUUUAAAAGUCAGAUUUUCUAAACUGCAACUGUUUUAGAACGUUAUAUGGAGAACUUCUCUAGAUAUAGUUAUUUGUAGUCAGGAUUUUAACAGCUUGCAACAGGUAAUGUUUUGAAUAUAAAUAUCUUUCCAAAGUGUUACUAAUGGUAAAGAGAUAAUUUUCUAGGCUUCUAUUCUGCUGCUUGAAGUCAGAACUGCUGAUGGAGACAAAGGCACGAAAGUGAGGGAAGACCCCUGAUCCUAAAAUGAACGCUAGGACUUACAUGGAUGUAAUGCGAGAACAGCAUUUAACUAAAGAAGAGAGAGAAAUUAGGCAGCAGCUAGCAGAAAAAGCUAAAGCUGGAGAACUAAAAGUUGUCAAUGGAGCAGCAGCGUCUCAGCCUCCCUCAAAACGAAAACGGCGUUGGGAUCAAACAGCCGAUCAGACUCCUGGUGCCACUCCCAAAAAGCUGUCAAGUUGGGAUCAAGCAGAGACCCCUGGACAUACCCCUUCCUUAAGAUGGGAUGAGACACCAGGUCGUGCAAAGGGAAGUGAGACUCCUGGAGCGACCCCUGGCUCAAAAAUAUGGGAUCCUACACCUAGUCACACACCAGCGGGAGCUGCUACUCCGGGGCGUGGGGACACACCUGGCCAUGCAACACCAGGCCAUGGAGGCGCAACUUCCAGUGCUCGUAAAAACAGAUGGGAUGAGACCCCCAAAACAGAAAGAGAUACUCCUGGACAUGGUAGUGGAUGGGCUGAGACCCCUCGAACAGAUCGAGGUGGAGAUUCAAUUGGUGAAACACCAACUCCUGGAGCCAGUAAAAGAAAGUCACGUUGGGAUGAAACACCAGCCAGUCAGAUGGGUGGAAGCACUCCUGUUCUGACCCCUGGAAAGACACCAAUUGGCACACCAGCCAUGAACAUGGCUACCCCUACUCCAGGUCACAUAAUGAGUAUGACUCCUGAACAGCUUCAGGCUUGGCGGUGGGAAAGAGAAAUUGAUGAGAGAAAUCGCCCACUUUCUGAUGAGGAAUUAGAUGCUAUGUUUCCAGAAGGAUACAAGGUACUUCCCCCUCCAGCUGGUUAUGUUCCUAUUCGAACUCCAGCUCGGAAGCUGACAGCAACUCCAACACCUUUGGGUGGCAUGACUGGUUUCCACAUGCAAACUGAAGAUAGGACGAUGAAAAGCGUUAAUGACCAACCAUCUGGAAAUCUUCCAUUUUUAAAACCCGAUGAUAUUCAGUACUUUGAUAAACUUUUGGUUGAUGUUGAUGAAUCAACACUUAGUCCAGAAGAGCAAAAAGAGAGAAAAAUAAUGAAACUGCUUUUAAAAAUUAAGAAUGGAACACCUCCAAUGAGAAAGGCUGCAUUGCGUCAGAUUACUGAUAAAGCUCGUGAAUUUGGAGCUGGUCCUUUGUUUAAUCAGAUUCUUCCUCUCCUGAUGUCUCCUACACUUGAGGAUCAAGAGCGUCAUUUACUUGUGAAAGUUAUUGAUCGAAUAUUAUACAAACUUGAUGACUUAGUUCGACCAUAUGUGCACAAGAUCCUUGUGGUCAUUGAACCAUUGUUGAUUGAUGAAGAUUACUAUGCCAGAGUGGAAGGUCGAGAGAUUAUUUCUAAUUUGGCAAAGGCUGCUGGUCUGGCUACUAUGAUCUCUACCAUGAGACCUGAUAUUGAUAACAUGGAUGAGUAUGUCCGUAACACAACAGCUAGAGCUUUUGCUGUUGUAGCCUCUGCCCUGGGCAUUCCUUCAUUGUUGCCCUUCUUAAAAGCUGUGUGUAAAAGCAAGAAGUCCUGGCAAGCAAGACACACUGGUAUUAAGAUUGUUCAGCAGAUCGCUAUUCUUAUGGGCUGUGCCAUCUUGCCACAUCUCAGAAGUCUAGUCGAAAUCAUUGAGCAUGGUCUUGUGGAUGAGCAACAGAAAGUUCGGACAAUUAGUGCUUUGGCCAUUGCUGCCUUGGCUGAAGCCGCAACUCCGUAUGGUAUUGAGUCUUUUGAUUCUGUGUUAAAGCCUCUGUGGAAGGGUAUCCGCCAACACAGAGGAAAGGGUCUGGCUGCUUUCUUAAAAGCUAUUGGGUAUCUCAUUCCUCUUAUGGAUGCAGAAUAUGCCAACUACUAUACCAGAGAAGUGAUGCUGAUCCUCAUUCGAGAAUUUCAGUCUCCUGAUGAAGAAAUGAAGAAAAUUGUGCUGAAGGUAGUUAAGCAGUGUUGUGGAACAGAUGGUGUAGAAGCAAACUACAUCAAAACAGAGAUUCUUCCGCCCUUUUUUAAACACUUCUGGCAACACAGAAUGGCUUUGGAUAGAAGAAAUUACCGUCAGUUAGUUGAUACUACCGUGGAGUUGGCAAACAAAGUAGGUGCGGCAGAAAUUAUAUCUAGGAUUGUGGAUGAUCUGAAAGAUGAAGCUGAACAGUACAGAAAAAUGGUGAUGGAGACAAUUGAGAAGAUUAUGGGCAACUUGGGAGCCGCAGAUAUUGAUCAUAAACUUGAAGAACAGCUGAUUGAUGGCAUUCUUUAUGCAUUCCAGGAGCAGACUACAGAGGACUCAGUAAUGUUGAAUGGCUUUGGCACAGUGGUCAAUGCUCUAGGCAAACGAGUCAAACCUUACUUGCCUCAGAUCUGUGGUACAGUUUUGUGGCGUUUAAAUAACAAAUCGGCAAAAGUUAGGCAACAGGCAGCUGACCUGAUCUCUCGAACUGCUGUUGUCAUGAAGACUUGUCAAGAGGAAAAAUUGAUGGGGCACUUGGGCGUUGUUUUGUAUGAAUAUUUGGGUGAAGAGUACCCUGAAGUAUUGGGCAGCAUUCUUGGAGCACUGAAGGCCAUUGUAAAUGUAAUAGGUAUGCAUAAGAUGACCCCACCAAUUAAAGAUCUCCUGCCUAGACUCACCCCCAUCUUAAAGAACAGGCAUGAAAAAGUACAAGAGAAUUGUAUCGAUCUUGUCGGACGUAUUGCUGACAGGGGAGCUGAAUAUGUGUCUGCGAGAGAAUGGAUGAGGAUUUGCUUUGAGCUUUUGGAGCUCUUAAAAGCUCACAAAAAAGCUAUUCGGAGAGCCACAGUCAACACAUUUGGCUACAUUGCAAAGGCCAUUGGCCCUCAUGAUGUUUUGGCUACACUUUUAAAUAACCUCAAAGUUCAGGAAAGGCAGAACAGAGUUUGUACCACCGUAGCAAUAGCUAUCGUCGCAGAAACAUGUUCACCCUUCACAGUACUACCUGCCUUAAUGAAUGAAUACAGAGUUCCUGAGCUGAAUGUUCAAAACGGAGUGUUAAAAUCGCUUUCCUUCUUAUUUGAAUAUAUCGGUGAAAUGGGAAAGGACUACAUUUAUGCUGUAACACCGUUGCUUGAAGAUGCUUUAAUGGAUAGGGACCUUGUACACAGGCAGACGGCUAGUGCGGUGGUGCAGCACAUGUCACUCGGGGUGUAUGGAUUUGGUUGUGAAGAUUCACUGAAUCACUUGUUGAACUAUGUAUGGCCCAAUGUGUUUGAGACCUCUCCACAUGUGAUUCAGGCGGUUAUGGGAGCCCUGGAGGGCCUGAGAGUUGCUAUCGGACCAUGUAGAAUGUUGCAGUAUUGUUUACAGGGUCUGUUUCACCCGGCCCGGAAAGUCAGAGACGUGUACUGGAAGAUUUACAACUCCAUCUACAUUGGUUCUCAGGACGCGCUCAUAGCACAUUACCCAAGAAUCUACAAUGAUGAUAAGAACACCUAUAUUCGUUACGAACUUGACUAUAUCUUAUAGCUUUAUUGUUUAUGUUGUGUUUAAUGCACAGCUGUUUCACCUCUUAGACUUGCUUCGAUUUGGUGAUAUAAACUUUUAAACAUUGCAGAUCAGGUAGAACUGGUCAUAGAGGAAGAGCUAGAAAUCAGUAGCAUGAUUUUUAAAUAACCCGUCUUUGUUUUUGAUGUUAAACAGUAAACGCCAGUAGUGACCAAGAACACAGUGAUUACACACGCUAUACUGGAGGGAUUUCAUUUUUAAUUCAUCUUUAUGAGAAUUUAGAAUUCAUUCCUUGUGUUUAAAGGGAAUGUUUAAUUGAGAAAUAAACAUUUGUGUACAAAAUGCUAA